AUGAACGAUUUGCAAAAAUUCAAAGAAUCAUCAGCAUAUGGUAUUUCACAAGAAGCAAAAGCGAUGAAAACAGAACUUGAAAUAUUUGCCAUGCUUUAUAUGAUUGUCGGUGCUCAACUUCAAGAAUAUCCGGAAAAUUUCUCUUUUGAAUUUUCUUCACGUCUCUUAAGUUUAUUUGGUACUAAGCCGCUUAUUACUGAUCUAAUCAAACAACUCGAUGAACAAAGUAUUCACUAUUGUUCUUUGAUUGUACCCUAUUGUCAACUUCAACCACCAGGCAGUGGUUUACUCUAUUCAAUGAAUCGACAUACGGCACCUGUAGUCGAUUUCGAUUUUACCGAUGAUCAAAUGGUAGCAAUUUCUCUUUCAGAUAGAAUCGUUGUCAUCGAUAUGCACGCAGCAAGUACAGUUUUGGAUAUUAAUAUGCCAACAUUAGAUGAGCCCUAUUUAAAUUCAACUACAUUACCUGAAACAUAUACUUUCGAUGGAAAAAAUGAAGUAAAAAGUGAUUGGUCGUCAAAUGAUAACAAUGAUCAAUACAAAAGAUAUUUAUUUCUUGUCAAUUCUUUACAUCAUAUCUAUCUUGUAUCAGCUCAUGAAAAUAUUAAAUUCGAACGAUCAUCAAAAGUUGGUUAUUUGACUGUUGAAAUUCUUGAUAAGAAACGUGCUCUUUGUAUCAUAACAGAAUUAAAUGGAAAUAAUGUCGAAUGUUGGGAUGUUGUGAGAAAUCGAUUAUUCGAUCGAAUCAAUUUUCCAAAGUCAACAAUUAAAAAUGUUCUUUGUGUUCAGAUUUAUUCGAUGAUUAUAAUUGUUCUUCAAGAUGGAGUCAUUCAUUUUUAUUCAAUUACUGAUUGGACAAAAUCUUCAUUUGUUCAUCGAGGUUCAAUUCAAGCUGGACUUCAUCUUGAUUUAGUCGUGGUUGAUGAAGAUAUGUUAAUUUGUACGUUCGAUGCAACCAUUCCUAUUGAUUUUGCUGUGAUUGGUUUAAAACAAUUUCAUAACACUGAACAAAUCUUAUCCGACAAUCAAGUACUUAAAACAUUGAUUGCUUUUGAUCCUCCGAUCGGACCCAAACCAAUAAAAUCUAUCAUAUUACCCGAUAAGGAAACAAUGAAAAACCAUGAUAGUCAAUCGAAUUUUCCGCUCUUUAUGAGCAAGACAAAUGAUGGUCUAUUUGUGGUUCAUAAAUGUAAUCAGAAGGAUAUUUCUUAUGUGCAUAUAAAUGGUCGAUUUGAUAUUGUAUCGAUGCAUGCAAAGAAUCCACGUACUGUUUAUACAGCUCGUGGAGGAAUUAUCGAGCUUCAUAAAUGGGCAUGUAUCGAAAGCGAAGAUACUAACAAGAACAAUCAUAAAUAUCAAUUGUAUGUUUCCAUCGAUAUUAGUUCUUCGCCAGUAACUUCAAUUAAAGCUUCAGCCGAAAACGCGUCUAUAUUUUUAUGUUCAAUGGAAAAUGGAGUAAUUCAAGCAUAUUAUGCAGCACAGGCACGCGAAGCAUUCAAGAACAUGCCAUCAUUUCCACGUACAAACGAAGUCAUACGAACCGUUCAAUUGCUUGAAGGAACUGCCGUUACUCUUGAUGGUUCAAAACGUGAACUCACAUCAUGGUCAUAUCAACAUUCAGCAUCUAUUGAAUCUACUCGUUUCUUCCUUGAUGAUAUAACUAUUAACGAGUUUGCCAUUGCAUCUAAUAAUUUACAUUCAGAGAGCAUAUUUGUACUCAUACUAACAAAUAAUCAUUGGAUUGAAAUCUAUUCGGCUAGAUCACUUAACAAUGAAGCUCUGUUUAGUCUUCAACUUCGUUCUCCAGCACGAGUUCAUUCAACACCUAGUGGAAGUUUUUACAUAUUAACAUGCAAUGGUAUCGCAUACUCUAUUACUCAACAAGUCAAUUCUGACAAAGAAAUUCAAUUCAAUCAGACAGCUAAUACUCAAUUGAAGAUCCAAUGUUCGAUGAUGUUCAGUUCGGUAUUAACUCUCAAUGGAUUAGAAUGUCUUGUUGUUUUCGCUGACAAUGCACAAUUGAUGGCGAUCUGGACCAUAGAACGAAUAAUCUAUAUUAACAUUGAUGUUUCACCUUAUAUUUCAUCAUCAUCAUUGAAAUCUAUCACUGGUGAACGAACACAAAAUUUAUUAUUACUAUAUUUCAAUAAUAAAGCUCUUAUUUCAUGUCAAGUAAAUUUCGACAAAUCGAAUGAUAAAGGUUCUCUACAGUUGACUCCAUUCGAUCAAGCCGAUAAAUUUCACCUUAAAAGUUAUUGUCUUGCUGCAUACAACAAUGGAAAAACUCAGAUUAAUUUGCAUAAUAUUCGCUCAUGUACAUGUUAUGAACCGAUUCAACUCGAUAAUGAAUGUCUACACUUAUGUUUGAAUGAAUCAGCAAAUUAUGUUUUUGUAUUAGUCAAACCUCGAGUCUUAUUCAUGUAUCGAAUUGAUGAUCGUCAACAAUUGGCAAAAUUAUUUGUCUAUGAUUUUGUCUCGUUUAUCAUAGCCGAUAAUGAAUUUCUUGUCUUAGCUAUGAAUGAUCGACGUCUACUAACAUUAAUGAUUGCUGAUCCUAAUGAUCCUACAUUGCAGGCUAGAAUACAAGCAUUACCGAGCAGGUGCGUAUCAUAA